GGGCCGGGGGAGAAGAAGCUGUUCGGCCUGCAGCUGCGAGGAGAACAAACCGAAAAAGGACAGCGUCGUGGGCUUCCAAGGAGGAAACCUGCAUCAGUGAAUGAUCCCUGCUUCCCUUCGCAGAGAGCGCAGUGCUGAAGGAGAGCUGCCUGCCCGUCGGAGCCAUGGCCGCAGCGGUGGCCAAAAGGGAAGGCCCCCAGUUCAUCAGCGAAGCGGCCGUCCGUGGGAACGCAGCCAUUCUGGAUUAUUGCAGGACGUCCGUCUCCGCCCUCUCGGGAGCGACCGCGGGCAUCCUCGGCCUGACCGGCCUCCACGGCUUCAUCUUCUACUUCCUGGCCUCCGUCUUACUCUCGGUGCUCUUGGUGUUGAAAGCCGGACGGCGGUGGAACAAGUACUUCAAAUCCCGAAGGCCUUUCUUUACCGGGGGACUGAUUGGAGGGCUGUUCACGUAUAUCCUCUUCUGGACUUUUCUCUAUGGCAUGGUGCACGUUUACUAGGCGGCAAGGAGUAUUUAGCCGGAACGGUUCCGGGGAGAGUCGCCGAAACAGGCACCUCCCGUCCGAUGCCAUGGAACUGGGGAGGCUGGCCUGCUGCUUGCACCGUUCACGCUCUCCCUAACUUAUGUCAGAAAGCAAGCCUGUGGAAUCCUGCUAAUUAAACAGAAUGUGAAACCCCGAGAGCCUUUACAAUGACCUGUAAAUCGCCCGUCCUCCAGAGGAUGUCCCUUCUUCCCGUUUUAUCCCUCUGCCUCCUCUCUACAUGGCUGCUCCCCCUCCCAAGGCUGCCAGAAUUCUCUUCUAAGGUCCUUAGCCAGCUUUUGGAGUCUUUGAUCGCAGUGUAACAAGAAAUAACUAUUUUGAAAGGUCCUGUGAAUAUUCAGCGCUUGAACGGUUUCAUCUGCACUCCCACUGAAAGACUUCAGAAGGAAAAAAACCAGUCUUCGCGUCCUCAGUACAGACAGGCUUUAAGCUGGGGAGGGGCGUUUGGCCUGAAGCCGCUUGCUUCCGAGUAAACACUUGCAGUGAGUCCAGUGGGGCUUUUAUUUUGGGGAGCCUUCUCCAUGUUCACGACCCAGCUGGCACGGCCAAAGGUGAUGGAUGCUGGAUCUUAACAUUCAGCAUCCAUCACCUUCACACAUUGUGGAGGCCCAGGCUUUUCAUCCCUGCUCGAGGUCGUGCAUGUAGGAUGGCAGCCUUAGUGAAUUCAGGAAUGAAAUAAGAGAUCUGAAAGAUAUUUGCUCACUGCCUGCCCUUUUAACCUUCAUGCUGUAAAGUUACGGCUCUGAGUCUCUCUCCUCUUAACUCAAACGGGAACUGAAUUGCCCUUCUAGUUGCUUGAUAAGCCCCAGGAAGCAGACGAUAAUAUCCGGUCCUCUUUUUGGAGUUUAAACAGGGUUGGGGAGUUGCUUUGUUUAUUUGUGAGCCUCUCAAAUGCUGUCCUCUGUUGGAAACAAGGUGCUAGGUUAGAUCAAUAACAGAUAUGCUGUAACUGAGGCCAGAAAGAUGAUAUCAGCCCUUCUGUAUAUAUCAGCCCUCUUUACUAUCACCCUACAUUUUUCCUACAUUUUUCUCCCCUCAUACAAGAGCUCAAACUUGGUUAAAUGUUCUUAUUUGUCCAAUGUGUCCCUCUUCCCCUAUUUACAUGUUCUUUCUCCCUUAACUAAGAAAGGCAUUCCAUA